AGGGUGACUGGACAGCUGAAACGUGCGUUACGUUCAGUCAUCAGAGUCCUGAUUAAAUAUAAAGCACCUUUGGAUCUGGACAGCUCUUCAUACAACCCUUCUGGACCCAGAGUGACCAGUUUGACAAUCCACUGAGGAAGCACCAAUGUAUCAGCUAGCUUAUAUUACAGUGAUUCUGUUUCUAGCGUCCAUUGGAUCCUCUGUCAAAGGAGACAGAUCCUAUAAGUCGGUACAUACUGUUAGUAAUGGUGGACCCUGGGGCACAUGGGGUGAUCGAGAAAUGUGUCCAGCAGGCUACUACGCUGCAGGUUUCAGUCUGAAGGUUGAAUACCCAGUAGACGGGGACGACACCGCACUCAAUGGAAUUCGUCUGCACUGUGUCAACACACCCACUGGCAAGUCAUUGUUUUCAGACGUCGUCACGGUAACGUCUAAAGUAGGGAGCUGGGGUACAUGGACAAAUACGAAAUGGUGUCCGUCUGGAAUGCUGACGAGUUUUCAGCUCCGUGUUGAAGGUCAAUGUAAUGACAAUGAUUUUGCAUUCAUGACCGUCAGGUUCGAGUGCAGUGGAGAUGUCAGAAAUCUUGUCGGUGAGGGCACGUCCUGGGGUGAAUGGGGCGGCUGGAGUAAAUACUGCAGAGGAAAGGGGUUCUGUGGCAUCCAGACAAAAGUAGAGGGAUCACAAGGGUCAGGAGACGACACCACUCUCAACGACGUCAAGUUCUUCUGCUGCGAUUAA